UCAUCCUUCAUAAUCAUUUCUUCACAAAGAAAGAUCGAGAGAGAGAGAGAGAGGGAGAGAGAGAGAGAGGGAGAGAGAGAAAGUAUAGUUUUUACAUAUAAAUGAGAUGGGCAUAGACCAAAGCCAACCUUCCCCUUCUUCUUCUUCUUCUUCUUCUUCAUUUUCAUGUUACUAUGUAGAUAAUGAAUACAUUGACAUGGAAUUGAGCUCCUCUAAAAAUUUGUUUUGCUUCUCACCACAAAGCAAAGAGUUUGAGUUUCAAAUGUCUUCCAUUAAUAAUGAUAAAGAAGUCAUUUCUUCCCCAGCUGAUGAACUAUUCUACAAAGGCAAACUCCUCCCUCUCUACCUCCCUCCUCGCUUACAAACGGUUCAAAAACUCCUCCAUCCCUCCACCACCGCCGCCGCCGCCACCGCCAAUAACAAUAAAUGUGAUUCUUUUCAUCAAGAAAAUGGAUAUUCUUUUAAAGAAAACUAUUCUAUUACUCCUUUUAUUACUAUUCCUACCUCCACCAACACCACCGCCACCCCAUUGGAAUCUUUCAAUAUUUCACCUUCAGAAUCUAGUAGAUUUAGUGGUGAACUAAACCCAGAUGAGUAUUUUUUUGAAUUAUCAACUGAACGUAAUAGCUUCAAUAAGAGUCCAAUAAAGAAAUCUUGGUCCAGGAAGUUAAAAAAAUCUUUACUUGGUCAAAAGCUUAAGGCUUCAAGUGCUUAUUUGAAGUCUCUGUUAUUUACAAGGUCCGGUUGUGCAGAUGAGUCUUCUUGCAUUAAAGCAUCAAGAAAUUCUGAUAUCUUUGAGACUACAGAUUGCUUAAGUAAGCACAUAAAAGUAGCCAAGAAAAACUAUUCAUUUGGCGAAACACUAAUGAAAAGAAUUGAGAAAGAAAUGAGUGCAGAUAUUUUUCAUAGUCAAAGAAGGUCUUUCUCUGGUGUGAUUCAACGACAUUCGACGAAUAAGUCAUUGUCUUCUAAUUCAUCUGUGUCGUCUUCAUCGUCAUCUUCUUUUUCAUUUAGUUCUUCAAGUGGGUUUUGUGAUUUACAGUUGCUUAAAAGAACUGGCAGUGUUAAUUCAGUGACAGAGAGUUCAAUUGAAGGAGCAAUUGCUUACUGUAAAAAAUCUCAGGAAGCAGUUGUUUUGUUAAAGAAAGAUUAGUGCAAAUGAAGUUACGGUUUAUGUCAUUGGCUGUUUAGUAAGAGAAGGUUAUUGAGAUGGGCAUCUCAUAAUUUGUUAUUGAACAUUCUAAAGCAAGCUGUGUGAUUUUUAGAAAGUUUAUUGGUUAAUUUCAUUGUAUAUUAUCAAUGUCAAGAUAAUUCUUCUGGUUCUUUAAUUACUGGAGGUUUUCAUCUUUCUUCUA